CUCCUUCGCCCUCGCAGCUUCCAGCGCCUCGUUCGCGAGAUUGCCCAGGACUUCAAGACGGACCUGCGCUUCCAGUCGUCGGCCGUCAUGGCGCUCCAGGAGGCUGCCGAGGCCUACCUCGUCUCGCUCUUCGAGGACACCAACCUCGCCGCCAUCCACGCCAAGCGUGUCACGAUCCAGCCCAAGGACAUCCAGCUCGCUCGUCGUCUUCGUGGCGAGAGGCAGUAA